GAGCGAUGUAGAACCUGUUCCUGUGAUGUCCUGGGGGUCUGGUGUGUUGGUCCAGUGUGUGAGGUACCAUACGACUUUACUCAGGAUAAAUGGUGUAUUAGGGUGAGUCAUAAGACAAGUGGUGUGUUAGGGUAAGACAUAAGACAAGGGGUGUGUUAGGGUAAGUUAUAAAUAUAUAGCAAGCAUGCCACCUUGACCCUUAGGAUGGAUGUAUGAAUGGCCAGAUGCUGGAAGCAAGGCAUUUGCGCAACAAAUUGACUNACAAAUUGACUUACUUCUUCAACAAAUUGACUUAUGUCUUCAACAAAUUGACUUAUUUCUUCAACAAAUUGACUUAUUUCUUCAACAAAUUGACUUAUUUCUUCAACAAAUUGACUUAUUUCUUCAACAAAUUGACUUAUUUCUUCAACAAAUUGACUUAUUUCUUCAACAAAUUGACUUAUUUCUUCAACAAAUUGACUUAUUUCUUCAACAAAUUGACUUAUUUCUUCAACAAAUUGACUUAUUUCUUCAACAACACGGAUUUAUCCGCUAUGAAUAUUAUUAUUGGUUUACAACAGGCCUGCACAACAUACGGCCGGCGGGCCGCAUGGGGCCCGCCAGCACCCACUUUGCGGCCCGCGAAGUAACGAAAUAUGCUUUAUUCUUAUUAUUUUCUUAAAAGCUUUCACCCUGAUCUAUAUUCUUUUGACCCGCACAAGUCCUGUCCUAUUUUCUUCUUGCCCGCAAAGUUUUUCAUAAUUUAUUACGGCCCGCCUUACAUUUUGAGUUGUGCAGGCCUGGUUUACAAGAUUGAAAUUAAAAGACGCAUCAAUUUAAAAUAUGGGACCAAAAAAUGUGUCUUGAGAGUCCCAUGAUGAGCACUAAAAAGUUUCAGUGCCCAACUUGCCUCCAUGACUAACCUUUGUUUUCUAUUGGGCUUCAGUGGUCACAUGACGGCUGCUGUUGUGAACAGCUGGGGUGUAACGUUGACGGGGCGCUGUACAGCCUGGGGUCAUCCUAUCCGUACGGUGAAGGCAAUACAUGUCUGAUGUGCACCUGCGAAAUAGGUACGACACGUCAGUACUGCCUACGUCAGAGAUGCGGGACGUACAACUUCAUAUGCGAGGAGGGACAGGUGACGUAUGACGAUGACUGUUGUCCCCACUACCAAUGUCCUAUUGGAGGUUAGUAAACACAGGCACAUGUCCCACAGGUGGUAACAUAACAUUACCAUUGUCCUCCUUAAGGAAAGGGUCUCACCGUGAGGUAAUAUUGUCUCAUAUGAAAAUGUGCCACAAAGACGAAUAGAAAAUUCAUUAUAAAUAAAUGCAAGUAUUCUGAAUUCUUGCUCUUACAAAUGUGUCAGCUAUCAGAGAGAAAUAAAACACAACCUCCUUUCACAAAGUUCCUUUCACGAUUUUCGCACUACUAAAACUUACGUAACAAAACAGACUAGACCGGUGUUUCCAAACAUGGGGCUUGUGCCCUCAAAAGGGGGCAAUUUUAUUGUUUAGGGGGCAAUUGGAAAAUGAGCGGCCUAGAAUUUGAAAACCAAGCGUCUACUAUGAUUUAACUUGCAUUUUGAACCCCCCCCCCCAGCAACAUUAAAGUCUCUAUUUACUGCUUAUACUGCAACUAUCAUCGUACUCUUGAGGUUAGUUAUGAAAUUUCCUAACUCAUUGCUAAAUCGGGGAAAAAAUCAUGCUCUAUGAAAUAAUUAAAUCAAACCAUCAAUAACAGCAUUUCAUAAAGCGGUUCUGGAAAAGGAUGACAAAGACAUGAAAGGUAUGCCUUUCGGUAGCAAUACUGUUAGCAGAAGAAUAAACGAAAUGGGUUAAGAUAUUGAAAUACAACUUGUUGAAAAGCUGAAAAAAGAAAAUUCUCAGUGCAAAUGGUUGAAUCAAGUGGGAGACACAGUGAGGCUCUAUUGAUAACAAACUUAAGAUUUAUUCAUAAGGGUAUUUUGCUGCAGAAGUGUUGUUCUGUAAAUCAUUAGAGGCACCACUACCACCAGAGAUAGAUUAUUUUUAUAUAAUAAGGUAAAACAUCUACAUAGAUGUCAAUAAUAUACCAAUGAAAAUAUAACUUCUUGUGCUGCAGAUGGUGCUCCUAAUAUGAUGGGCAAGAACAAUGGCUGCUUAAAAUUGAUGAAAGAUGAGAAUCUAGAAAUGCUUCUUGUGCAUUGUGUUUUUAUAGGGAAGACUUGGUACAGAAAUGCUUCUUGUGCAUUGUGUUUUUAUAGGGAAGACGUGGUAGCUAAAAACAUUUCGCUUCUUUAAAAUGAAGGACUCAAAUCAAUUCUAAAAUGUAUCAAUGUUAUUAAAUUAAUGCAAAAUGUGACAGUCUUUUCAAGCUUUUUUUGUGAAAAGUAAAAUGUGGACUUUGUGACACUUUUACACCACACUGAAGUAAGAUGGCCUUCGAAAGAAAAUUGCUUGAAAAGAUUCAUGGAACUAUUUGAUACUCUUGUGAUUUUUUAAAGUAACGAACCUGUUACGAAGUAUCUGUCAACAAUCGACGGUAACGCCUUUGUAAGUUAUUUUGCCGAUAGCUUUUUGACAAACUAAAUAUAUUAAAUAACCAACUUCAAGGAAAAAAUAAAACUAGUGUCGAUGCAAAAGCGAAGAUUUUUGGUUUCAUUAUCUUUAUUGAAUAUUGUCAGAACAAUACUUACAACAAAAAUUUUAAAAAGUUUAUUUGGCUCUUGUCGUUCAUCUGAAAAUUCUAUCGGUUGAUUUAAAAGAAGGAUUUUCUGAUUUGAAACAAAAUGAUUUUCCAACUUGGAUGAUGCAGGAAAUGUUAAUGGAUUUGUCUGAUAUUUCAAAUGUGUAGUGUCCAGAAGAACUCGAAUAAAUGCAAAAUUAUGAUUCAGUUAAAACGUUAUUUAAUAAUAAAAGGACCGAUGGCACUUGUGAGUAAAUGGAAAUCAAAUAUCCAAAUUUAGCCAAAUGUGCAAGAAAACUAUUGUUACCGUUUCCAUCUUCAUAUUUAGCUGAAUGUGGAUUUAGUGCCAUAAAUGAUUUGUUGAAAAAGAAAUGGGCUGGAUUCCACACUACGGGGAGACUUGAGACUGAAGCUAACUCAACUGGAACCUGACAUAAAAUCUCUUGGCAGCAAGCCUCAAGCACAAACCUCUCACUAAAGUUACAUAAUAAAUAAUUACUAAUAAUUGAAAUAAUAUAUAACAAUCUUUCAUUAAAAUUAUUUCGUACUUGAUUUUCAGCUCCCCAUUAAAUGUUUUGAAAAUGUACUUAUUUUCUUUUCUCAACAAAUGCCUAGUGAUUUCUCCAUAAAACCUAUCAUUCAAGUUUCUUAAGUGAACAACCCUAUUUUUUAAUAUUAAAAAGUAUGUAUAUGAUAUAUGGUUGGGGCGGGGCAGAGGCGUUGCGAAGGGGUGGUAGGGUGGGACAGAUGUCCCCGGGCGCAAGCUAGUUAGGGGCGCCAGAAUGUUCUUUGAUAUUAUAUUAUUGGUAAAAAUAAUAGGUUUGAGAGAUGAAAACAAGAAAAAGGGGCGCUUUAAAAUGGAUCUUGUCCCCGGGCGUUAAACACCCUCACUACGCCUCGGGCGGGGGGGACAUACGAAUUUUAUGAAGGUUUAGGUGGGGCAUGGUGGGGAAACACUGGACUAGACAUUACGCAAUUAUAAGCAUAACAAUACGUCACGAAGACACGCGCGGGAAGAGCGCUCACUAACUAAUUAAUCUCUCAAAAAACAUAUUCGCGCGCAUUCAAACAGGAUCAUUAGUCGUAAAGAUUAUUAAUGAACUCCCAUUUUCGACAGAUUCAAAGAAUUUUUUACCGUUCGUAGCUUCAACUUAACUGUCAUUGUGUUUAAUAAAAACAACAGAUUCACGUUGUCUAAACAAUGUAGUGUAAACAAUUCUUCCUCAAGGAUGUGAAAUAAACUCCCUAUUGCACACAUGUACUUCAGUUCAAUGAGAUUUUGAAUGAUUUUCAAGAAAACUCAAAUGUUGUUUUUAGUUAUUUGCCAUUCUUAAGUUUUAAAAUAGUCCAGGGGAGGUAAUGUACUUUAUUCUCUUCUAGUACUUCUCUGUAAGGGGUUACUCUUAAAGGUUCAUAAAAAAAAAAAAUUCUUUUAACUUUGAUUUUGAUAAUAAGUAGUUAAAUGAGUAGAAAGUUAAAUUAAAAAAAAAAAUCAUUUUUAAGGCCUUCAAAAACCUUUACAGUAAUUAAAUCAGUAUCUGUUUACAACAGAUCUCUAAAAUCGCAAUUCAAUUUCUGUUCCAGUUUUUUGUGACGUCAUUCCAGACCCAUUUCCUGAAACAGAAAGACACGAACUGAUGGACUUUUACAGGGGUCGCCUUCAACCCAUUCCUGUUGGGACGACCCACCACUUCCAUAUUGACGACUGGACCGUUUAUAAAUGUAGCUGCCCUGUAAGCUGA